CUGCAGGAGGCGGAGCUGCUCAAGUCGCUCAACCACCCAAACAUCGUGGCGUACAUCGACACGCUGUCCUCACGGACAAAGCUUUACCUCCUCAUGCAAUACUGUGACGGCGGCGACCUCGAGCAUCGCCUGAACCAGGCUCGCGAAGAGCGUGUCAUGCUGCCGGACGCGAGGCUCCUCGAUUGGUUUGUGCAGAUGGCGCUGGCGCUGCAGUAUCUCCACUCGAAGCGCAUCCUGCACCGUGACCUCAAGACGGCCAACGUUUUCUUGACCGCCCUCGGCAUCGUCAAGCUGGGAGACUUUGGCGUGUCGCGCGUCCUAUCUGCGACGACCGAACUCGCCAAGACGUUUGUGGGGACGCCGUACUACCUCUCACCCGAGCUACUUAACAAUUCGCCCUACGGCCACGCCUCGGACGUGUGGGCGCUCGGGGUAAUCUUCUACGAGAUGUGCACCCUCGCCCAUCCUUAC